UACAAGUGUGUAACCAGAGGACAGUUAGAAUAUGACUAGAUAGACUGGCGAUGUUUACCUCCAUGUUUCAUCAGUUAAACCAUUUCUGAUUUCAGUCUUGUAUGUAGAUAUAGUAAAGUUGUUUGUAUAGACAAGUGGACAUCCUUUUUAUGUGCUUCAAACUACUGCGAAACUGGACUGGAUGUGUUACCUGGUGGGAUUUGACACAGUUCUUGGUACAUGGAUAUGAGCAAUUUCUUUUCUUUUUCUAAACAGGUGAGUGUACCACAUGAACUCAAAAGUGGGACAUCGCUAUGAAUGGUUGAGAGAAAAAGUGAGAGAACUGGCACAUUUGGGUCAAAGCUGCUGACCACUGGAGGACUACAAAAAACUGCUACUAAAGAAAGAGGGGGGACUGAACAAUUGAAGGGCUGAAGAGGAGAAAACAUUUGAUUGUGUUGUUAUAAUAAUGAGGUAUUGAUUGAUGUAGGUCUGAAUUCCACUGGGCCAAAAUUAACUUAAAACUCACUUGGAUUUGUGCCAAAACUUGAACAACAUUCGGAUUUAUAAAAACCAGUUCUGGGCCUUGUGAAGUCCCUGCAGUCCUUGCCGGUUUAUUUUUUACCCCUCUGUCCCAGUUAUGGAUCCCCAGGCUGGCCCAUACCUCAACAAAAGGGCGCUGUGCUCUCCCUUGGGUGCUGCCCGUGUGUGUCAGCUGGCUCUGGGCUGUGCUGUCAUUGCCCUGAUCGCCCACGGAGCUGGGUACAGCGGGUCGCAUGGGGAGUUUUGUAUGGCUGCAUGGUGCUUCUGCUUCGCCAUGACAGUCGUGAUCUUCUUCCUGGAUGCGACUCGUCUCUACAGUUGUCUGCCCAUCUCCUGGGACAACUUCACAGUGACAUGCGCGGCCUUUGCUACACUCAUGUAUGUAACAGCAUCUGUGGUCUACCCGCUCUUCUUCGUCCGCUCUGAGUGCCCCUAUGAAGGCUGCCACAUCCGGAACUUUCGUAUCGCGGUCACAGUGUGUUCAAUCCUGUGUGCAGUGUCCUAUGGGGCAGAGGUGGCGACCCUGUACCGAGCCAAGCCGGGACAAGCUGUGGUGGGCUACAUGGCUACGGUCUCUGGUCUACUCAAAGUGGUCCAGGGUUUUGUGGCAUGCAUUAUAUUCGGAGCUCUGGCCAACAGGAGCGAGUAUUCCCGAUAUGAAGCCACCAUCUACUGCGUGGUGGUGUAUUCUUUCUGCUUUGCCCUCACCGCUGUAGUGGUCUUGAUGACGGUUUGUGGCAGGACCAAAACUGUUCUCUGCAUACCCUUUGAGCGCUUCAUGGUGGUCUGCACACUGCUGGAGGUGCUGCUGUACCUGAGCGCGUCAGUGGUGUGGACUGUUUUCUGUUUUGACUCUAAAUACGGGUCUCCGGAGAGGCCGUACCACUGCCCCCGGGGGAAGUGCCCGUGGGACAGUAAGCUGGUGGUGGCUGUCUUCUCGUUUGUAAACCUCAUAUUGUACGGGGCUGACCUCCUGUACUCUCAGACCAUGAGGUUUGUGUCCCCGCGUCUGCCCACUGCUCCAAGGGUCUAACCAGUUAUUUAGUUAUUCAGGACUUUUUUACAUGUUAAAAAAUAAACGUUACCUCUGUGGGUUCAUCAGUUCUACUUCAUCCUGUAUACAAGUAUUUAGUUUUCCAGUAGUACAUGCUCCAAAUGUGGUGACGUCAAAGGUGGUUAAGACAAGACUAUACUUGAAGUUCUGUCUCUAAUGGGGAACAAAUGUGUUUCAGUGGAAACGAGGAAAGUAUUUAUUUAGAUAGGGACAUUAAGUAGACACUGGAGAAAUCAGUAUGGACAAAUGUAUUUUUAUAUUUCUUCAUCUAAACUAUGUGACAACUGGAAAAUAA